AUGGCGUCACGCUUGGCACGAAGCGCCGUCGGCGCUCCCCUCCUCCGACCCGUCCUCGCCCGCCGAGCUGCCCCUGCCUUCUCCGUUGCCGCUGCGCGAUACAACAGCAAUGUUCCCGCCGAGGACCCCAAGAAGAAGGCUCAGAGCAUCAUCGACGCUCUUCCCGGUAACAGCCUUCUCAGCAAGAGCGCCAUCCUCAGCUCCGCCGCCGCUCUCUCCAUCUACGGCAUCUCCAGCGAGUACUACGUCAUGAACGAGGAGACCAUCAUCGCCAUCUCCCUUCUUUCCGUCUGGACUGCUCUGAUCAAGUACGGUGGCCCUGCCUACAAGGAGUGGGCUGAGGCGCAGAACAACAAGAUCAAGAACAUCCUUAACAGCGCCCGUGCCGACCACACCGAGGCUGUCAAGGGCCGUAUUGAGGACGUCAAGCAGAUGGGUAGCGUUGUUGAGAUCACCAAGAACCUGUUCGAGGUUUCCAAGGAGACUGCCAAGCUUGAGUCUGAGGCUUUCGAGCUCGAGCAAAAGACUGCUCUGGCUGCUGAGGCCAAGGCCGUCCUUGAGUCCUGGGUCCGAUACGAGGGCCAGGUUAAGCAGCGCCAGCAGAAGGAGCUUGCUCAGUCCAUUAUCGCUAAGGUCCAGAAGGAGCUCGAGAACCCCAAGGUCCUUCAGCAGAUCCUCCAGCAGAGUGUUGCUGACGUUGAGAAGAUCGUUGCCUCCAAGGCCCAAUAG